AUGAUCGUAGGAAAAAAGCUGAUAGAAAUUUCAGCUAAAUCUCCGACAUCUAUUUAUAUAUUUCUCGAAAUCCGUUUUCGUCGAUCGACACGAAACAAAUCUCGAAAAAAAACUAUGUCUUCUCGACCUCGUAUCCAUUGCCCUUUUUCGCUUCUAUUACUUUGGUUUGCCGUUGUUAACGUUCAAAUCUAUAUGGCGCAACCGAGUCGUGCUCGCGUAUACGCCGAUUGCAACACGCAUCGACCACGCGAAUAUUACGACUACGAGCUGCAUGUUGUAGAAUGGGGUAAUCAAGAUGACUAUCAAAUCGUGCGUAAACUUGGUCGAGGAAAAUAUAGUGAAGUGUUCGAAGGUAUAAACAUAACGAAUAACGAAAAAGUUGUUAUCAAAAUUCUCAAACCCGUUAAGAAGAAGAAAAUCAAACGUGAAAUAAAAAUCCUAGAGAAUCUACGUGGUGGACCUAAUGUGAUUACUUUAUUGGACAUUGUCAAAGAUCCUGUCUCGAGAACACCUGCACUUAUUUUUGAAUACGUCAAUAAUACUGACUUUAAACAACUUUAUCCUACACUUUCCGAUUAUGAUAUUCGAUUCUAUAUGUAUGAAUUACUUAAAGGACUUGAUUAUUGUCAUAGUAUGGGCAUCAUGCAUCGUGAUGUGAAACCUCACAAUGUUAUGAUUGAUCAUGAAAAUCGAAAGUUGCGAUUGAUCGACUGGGGCUUGGCGGAGUUUUAUCAUCCAAAUCAAGAAUAUAAUGUUCGAGUAGCCUCACGUUAUUUCAAAGGGCCAGAAUUGCUUGUUGAUUAUCAAUAUUACGAUUAUUCACUCGACAUGUGGAGCUUAGGAUGUAUGUUAGCUAGUAUGAUAUUUCGGAAAGAACCUUUUUUUCAUGGUCAUGAUAAUUAUGAUCAACUUGUACGAAUCGCAAAAGUUCUUGGCACAGAUGAACUAUAUGAAUAUCUUGAAAAAUAUCAGAUCGAACUAGAUCCACGAUUUAACGAAAUUCUCGGACGACAUUCACGGAAGCGAUGGGAGCGAUUUGUUCAUUCGGAAAACCAACAUCUUGUCAGUCAAGAAGCGUUGGAUUUCUUAGAUAAACUUCUUCGUUAUGACCACAAUGAUCGUUUAACAGCAAAAGAAGCGAUGGAUCAUCCAUAUUUCUAUCCUAUUGUUCGUGAUCAAGGACGCACAACUUCUCAAGCUUUACUUUCGAAUAAUGCUGGUGCCUCUGUAUCUUCGACAAAUUCUCCGUCGCCGCUAAACGUGAACAGUAGCGUGACGACAACUAAUCAGUGA